AUGAAGAUGAUCAGCUCCUAUAAAGAACAAACUGUCUGUGAAUAUCUUCUGGAUGCUGCCCAAGAUGGUUUUGAGAUCAAUUGGAUCAGAUUUUGUUGUGAGAUUGGACUGACAAGGGAAAUUUUCGUAGAUAUUCAAGCUGCCAUCAACAAGGUUGGCUCUAGAGACAAGCUAAAGCCCAUUAAAAAUGAAUUGCCUGAAAACAUAAGUUAUACGCACAUCAAGACUUGUCUGCAAAUGCACAGCUGUGGGAUGUCUCUAGAAGUGGUACCACCUAGCCACCUGGGUAUGUCAAAGGUUGGUGAGCUUCAGAACCAAGUGUCUGAUAUUAGUACUGUCACAAGGACUCAAGAAAGAGAGGUACAUCCUAUCCAUGAUGAAGAUCUGUACUCCCCAGAUAAGCGUCAAAAAAUAAACGAAAUUGAAGGAAGGUCCACUGUGUUGGAGGCAACAGAGAAUUCCAUAUUAAACUGGCUUAAGACCUAUGAAGAAGGGGUUUCGUUGUCUGAUAUUUUGGAGCACUUCAAUGGGUCCAAAGGAAUCUGUGAUUGAUCUGCUGAGUACACUUGAAGGUGACUUUAUGAUAUUUAAAAAGAAUGAUCUGUACAGGCUUUUGUGAUUAGGAAUUGCAUUAGAUUGCUAGGCGUGGUUUUGUUUUAUUUUAGU